ACCAAGACAAACUCCACCCGGCACUCCAACCUCCUACGUGUCAUCUUCUCAGACUGUUACUUCAUUUCCCUUCUUACGGUCACCCCCACUCCGGAGGGAGACAGAGAGCGGGAGAAAGAUGGGGACGAAGGCGGAGAUUGCGUCGGAGGAGGAGGUGGGCAAGAAGGACUUCAAGCUGGUGGGGUUCAAGCGGUUCGUCCGGACCAAUCCCCGCACCGACCGGUUCCCCGUCCUCGGCUUCCACCAUAUCGAGUUCUGGACCGCCGACGCCACCAACGCCGCCGGCCGAUUCUCCUUCGGCCUCGGCAUGCGUCUCGCCGCCCGCUCCGACCUCUCCACCGGAAACCCCUUCCACGCCUCCUUCCUCCUCCGCUCCGGCUCCCUCCAGUUCCUCUUCUCCUCCCCCUACUCCCCUUUCACUCCCGCCGCCGCCGGCGCCCCCGCCGGCGACCCCGGCAGCCCCUCCAUCCCCUCCUUCGACCCCGACCGCGCCCGCCGCUUCACCGGUUCCCAUGGCCUCGCCGUCCGCGCCGUCGCCGUCCGCGUCGCCGACGCCGCCGCCGCCUUCCACACCAGCGUGGCCCACGGCGCGCGCCCCGCCUUGCCCCCCGCCGACCUCGGCGCCGGCUUCGCCCUCUCCGAGGUGGAGCUCUACGGCGACGUCGUCCUCCGCUACGUCUCCCUCCCCGCUCCCGAAUCCUCCCAAAACCCCUCCAAGAUCCCAUCUUUCCUCCCGGGGUUCGAAGAUGUAGAGGAAUCCGGACCACAUUCGCCGGAUUACGGCCUCCGGCGGCUGGACCAUGCGGUGGGGAACGUGCCGGAGAUGGCGCCGGUGUUGGCGUACAUCGCCGGGUUCACGGGGUUCCACGAGUUUGCCGAGUUCACUGCGGAGGACGUGGGGACGGCGGAGAGCGGGUUGAACUCGAUGGUGCUGGCCAACAACGAGGAGACGGUGCUCCUGCCGGUGAACGAGCCGGUCCACGGCACCAAGCGGCGGAGCCAAAUCCAAACAUAUCUGGACCACAACGGCGGCGCCGGUCUGCAGCACCUGGCGCUGGCCAGCGACGACGUGCUCCGGACGCUGAGGGAGAUGAAAGCAAAGUCAGCGAUGGGGGGGUUCGAGUUCUUGGCGCCACCGCCGCCGAACUACUACCAGGGAGUCCGGCGGAGGGCCGGCGACGUGCUCACCGAGGAGCAGAUCAAGGAGUGUCAAGAAUUGGGUGUGCUGGUGGACAGGGACGACCAGGGUGUACUGCUGCAAAUCUUCACCAAGCCAAUUGGGGACAGGCCAACAAUAUUUUUAGAGAUCAUCCAAAGGAUUGGGUGCAUGAUGAAGGACGAAGAAGGGAGAGAGUACCAGAAGGGUGGGUGCGGAGGGUUUGGGAAAGGAAACUUCGCUGAGCUUUUCAAGUCCAUAGAGGAGUAUGAGAAAUCCCUUGAGGCCAAACAGACAACAGUAGUUCCCGUUACCUAGAAGGAAAAAGGAAUUGCUACAAUAAAACCUAAUAUACUAAGCAGAAUCGAAGAACAACAACUUCACCUUGCUCUUACUACGAUAAAACCUAAUAAUAGUAAGCAGAAUAGAAGAACAGCAACUUCACCUUGCUCUUAUGACUCUUGCUAUGGUGCUCCUUGGAGGAAGGGGCCUUCUCUGGUAUUCUGAUGAUCAAGGUGGUACCAUGUAUAUUGCUAGUUGCAUAGACAAGGGGUUGUAUGAAACUAUUUUUUGAAUCUCUGUUGUUUGAUUGUGAACAAAUUGUUGCUUGAUGUGCAUUUUUAAUUGUGAACUGAUUGUUGCUUGAUGUGCAUUUUUAA